GUGUUGUAGGUCUGACCUGCGCUACUCGAAAUCCAAUCUUCUCUCCUAAUGUCGAUCCGACAUAUCGCCGGACACUUAAACUUAGUAGGUAGAAGUAAUUUGUGUUUCAUUUGGAUCGCAGGAAGUUGGUCUCGGCUUGGCCGCAGGGAACGUAGCCAUGUCGUCGGGAAGGGCUUUGCGGCGACUGCUGCACUUUGUCGCUUGCCUCUCACUGACGUGGUGCGCAGCUGGGGAGGUGGGUGCUGCAGGCGAUGAUGAAUCAGUUGGAGACACGAGGCAGCAAGGGCUGGUCAUGAAGUCACUUCCCACCGAGGAAUCCGACCUAGUCUACUUGGUGUCAACGGCUUUGGAUGUUGAGGUAUACAACAACGGGCAUGAUGUCACCCCAAUCGACUGGGAGAUGGGCUCUGUCUCACAACUAAGCUUAGCGCCAAGCCGGUCGCAUCUCAUGGCCAUACGCCUGCGAUUGGGACAAAUUGCCCUGGGAGAAGAUCAAGAACCGCCUCCGCCCGGUUUUGCCAUGUCGAUAGACAAGCACGUGACCGCUGCGGUGAAGUACAGCUACACGGAUAGCUCGUGGAGGUGCGUUGUCAAUGAUCCGGCCAGUGUCGAUUCCCUGACACCUCACCUGCCUUGGUUCAGUCCCAAGUAUGAUGACUGGAGCUGGCCUGGCGCUGUCAGCCUGGCCCGGAACGGCAUGGGAUCAUACCUACCCAUGGAGGCGGUCAGUGGCGAUGCAGAGUGGAUCUGGACGGACAUGGUGGACUCAGGCGAGGGUGAAGACGAGCAGAGUGUCUACUGCCGCGGCUGGCUGUCGGAGUUCCCAGAUACCCUCUGGAUCGGGAGUGCAGAUGCCAGCACGAAGGUGUCUGUUUACGCCAACGGUGAGAAGCUUGGUGAAACCACUGAGGUGCAUAAGCGCGCUGCCCAGUUCACGCUGCCAGGCCAGGACAAUCAUGUUAUUGCCAUCUAUUCAAAGGUGACCAAGAAGGAAGCUCCACGCGGCCUCAUCGCCAGCCUGCAAGUGCCCAAGCCGCCUGGUGGUGUGACAGGCAACAUGUGGAGAUGCAAGUCGUCUCUCUCUGCGUCCGAAGUAGGUACCUGGAUGCUGGAAUCGUUUGACGAUACUGACUGGCCCCAAGCAGAGGUCAUCGCUCACCACACGGAUGAACCGUACACGGUCGUAGUUGACGUCAGCCCGUUUGCCUUCUGGGUGUGGUCGAAGUACGGAGAGGACGAGGAUGAGGCACCCGCCGAGGUUUUCUGCCGCUGCUCCGUAAUGGCGUCCAAUGGAGUAAAGAGUCGACAGCAAUUGUCUGCGGAGUCAUCGGGCAAGGAGGAUGAGUACUCACCCCUGCCCAUCACUGCCAAGGGCUCAGAAGUUGUUGAGUUGUCUACGGAUGAUGUAGAUAACAUGACGACAUUGGAGUUCUACAAGGAAUACAUCGCUGCUAAUCGGCCCGUUAGAAUCAAGGGUGGCAUAAACCAUUGGCCAGCAAUGCGUCUCUGGACAGAUGCAUAUCUGCGUAAGAAGAUCGGCAAUGAGGCCGCCACGGUAACACUAUCUCAGGACAAGAAUGACGUGUUCUACUUCUACAGUGAGAAGAAGGUGAUGAAGGACAUGAACGUGCAGCAAUUCAUCGACAAAUACCAGCAACCUGGUGACGACAACAGGAUGUAUUUAGCACAGCACCCGCUCAAACGUGUCGGUCGCUCUGCAGCUCUAAACAUGCGUCUAGCUGCUGACCUUGAUAGACCACGUGUCACACAGCUUCUUGAAAUCGAUGCUGUCAACCUGUGGAUGGGCGCCGGCGGCCAGGUGACACCCGCUCACUUUGACAACUACGAGAACUUCAUGUGCAUGGUGGACGGUCACAAGAAGUUCCGUCUGUAUGAGCCCGCCAUGUCGAACUUCAUUUAUCCCGUGAUGCACAAUCUGAGGACAGGCAUCACAAGCCGAAUAUCAAAUUUCAGUAAGAUCGACUUUGCUGCUUUCCCCAAAGCCGCCCACCUGAAGCCGGUGUUUGUUGAACUGAACGCUGGAGAUCUCUUCUUUCUGCCUUCCUACUGGUGGCAUGAGGUGACGUCAGUGGGUCGCAACGUAGCCGUCAACUGGUGGUUCCGCAGUCACAGUCAAAUUCUAGACAACAUCUACGGUGGAUGGCUGUCCAGUCUGCCACAAACAAAGUGGGGCCUGCUGGCUCAACAAAAGUAUGAUGAAAUGAAGGAAAAAACUGGAAUGAAAGAUGAGUAUGAUGAGGACGCCGAUGAGGACUCGGAUGACGGAUCCAGGCGUCGUAGAGGGCGGAAAAAGUCGCAGCGUGAUGAGCUUUGAGUCGGAACACGGUUUGUACCCCCCCCCCCCGCCCAGACAGCCACUUUGAGCCGUAGCUAGUACAGAUGGGUGCGCGUGUAUGUGUGUGUGUGUACGAGCGUAUGUGUGUGUGUGUGUGUACUCAUGCGUUUCACUGUGAUUGAAUUGCACCAGUCAGCAGCACGUGCAGGCUCUGACAGAAACCAGCCCGUGUCAGAAUAGCCAAAACUGACCUAUGGUGCUGAAACACCAAGACAAAACACCAUAGACCUUUUCGUUUUCACUGAUAACUUUGCUGGCUGUUGCCCGGCAGCCCCUGGAUGACUGCUUCACAGCCGCAUCAUAAUAAUGCUGACUAGUUGGGGCAGUCAUGUGUGUUCCAACUCCAGCCACUCCCCUGUCCUGCAGUGGUUCACAUGGUGGCAGCCACAUAGCGCUACUGCCCGCACACCACUGCCUACACACUAUACCCAGUUUCUACACUGACAAAGGGGUAUUUGAAACAACUCUAUUGAGCUGCACCAACUCAGUUGUCAGAGUACCUCUAAAUCUGUUUUACUCGAGUAGUCAGAAUCAUGGUGUCUUACUCCUCAGAGUCUUUUUGACGGUUCCUUUGCUGGACUGAUGCUGUCACAAUUAAUUUUAAUCAUUAGUUGACAUACUGAGACCACGUCACAGUGUAUCUGCAGUCAGGUAAUGAAAGAUAUUGAAUUUUUGGAAAUUAUUUAUGAGCCUGGGCAAUUGCUCUAUUACAAUACUGACUGCCUCUGGUUCUCACCCCUCAUAUCAUGUGUUCUAUAGAUAAGCUGUGCCGACGGUAUGAUGUACCUCGAUCUGCGGGCAGAACACUUAUAUUUAUUAUUUGAUAAUGCCCGGUUACCUAGCACCCAAAUACUGGCCCAUGUGCAUUGAAUUUUACACUAGGAUACUUUGCGGAGUUUCAAAUAGAUGUUAGACUGAGUGAUA